UUGACUUUGUCCUUAAGAAGGAGAUGAAGUAGAAGAAUGACUACCAUGGCCGGAACCGCCACCACCGAGUUCCGGUGGAAAUCACCGCAACAGCCUCCACCACCACAGCAACCCAUUUCCGAUUCAGAUUCAGACUCCGGAUCCGAUUCAGAUAAUCAUCAGCAUCGUCACAAUGAUCUAUCAAACUCCAUCUUCAAAGCUUACCUCGAUUGCCACUCAUCUUCGUCUCCUUCCUCUAUCGAUCUCGCUAAAAUCCAAUCGUUUCUCGCCUCAUCUUCCUCCGGUGCUGUAUCGUGCCUAAUCUGUCUCGAACGCAUUAAACGAACCGAUCCUACAUGGUCCUGCACUUCCUUAUGCUUCGCCGUCUUUCACCUUUUCUGCAUUCAAUCAUGGGCUCGUCAAUGCUUAGAUCUACAAGCCGCGCGUGCAGUCACGCGACCUUCUUCAAAUCCGACAGAACCGGAAGCGGUCUGGAACUGUCCGAAAUGUAGAUCGUCGUAUCAGAAAUCAAAGAUCCCAAGGCGGUAUCUUUGUUAUUGCGGCAAGGAAGAGGAUCCUCCGGCGGAUAAUCCAUGGAUCUUGCCUCAUUCUUGCGGCGAGGUCUGCGAGAGGCCGUUAAGCAACAAUUGUGGUCACUGUUGCUUGCUGUUGUGCCAUCCUGGACCUUGUGCGUCUUGCCCCAAGCUCGUGAAGGCUAAAUGCUUUUGUGGAGGUGUUGAAGAUGUUCGUCGAUGUGGACACAAGCAAUUCUCUUGCGGAGACGUCUGCGAGAGAGUCCUGGAUUGUGAUAUCCAUAACUGUAGAGAGAUUUGUCAUGAUGGCGAGUGUCCACCGUGCAGGGAGCGCGCGGUUUACAAGUGCUGUUGUGGUAAGAUGAAGGAGGAGAAGGAUUGCUGUGAGAGAGUCUUUAGAUGUGAGGCUUCUUGUGAGAAUAUGCUUAAUUGUGGCAAACAUGUAUGCGAGAGAGGAUGUCACUCGGGAGAAUGUGGAUUGUGUCCAUAUCAGGGGAAAAGGAGUUGUCCCUGUGGCAAGAGAUUCUACCAAGGCUUGUCUUGUGAUGUUGUGGCGCCUUUAUGUGGUGGCACCUGUGAUAAAGUUCUUGGUUGUGGCUACCAUAGAUGUCCAGAGAGGUGUCACCGCGGUCCAUGCCUUGAGACUUGCAGGAUUGUGGUUACUAAGUCUUGCAGAUGCGGAGGAACGAAAAAACAGGUUCCUUGCCAUCAAGAGUUGGCGUGUGAGAGGAAAUGCCAGAGAGUGAGAGAUUGUGCACGUCAUGCUUGUAGACGCCGGUGUUGUGAUGGUGAAUGUCCACCAUGCUCAGAGAUUUGUGGAAAAAAGCUCCGUUGCAGGAACCAUAAAUGCCAAUCUCCUUGUCACCAAGGUCCAUGUGCUCCUUGUCCAAUAAUGGUAACAAUAUCAUGUGCUUGUGGUGAGACACAUUUUGAGGUACCCUGUGGCACUGAAACAAAUCAGAAACCUCCUCGAUGCCGUAAGUUAUGUCAUGUAACCCCAUUGUGCAGGCAUGGGCAAAACCAAAAGCCUCAUAAAUGCCACUAUGGUGCUUGUCCUCCAUGUCGACUCCUUUGUGAUGAAGAAUACCCAUGUGGGCACAAGUGCAAACUAAGGUGUCAUGGACCUAGACCUCCUCCUAACCGUGAAUUUAUACUUAAACCAACUAAAAAGAUGUUGAAUAUUCAGGUUGAAUCUACACCGGGUUCUCCCUGCCCUCGUUGUCCAGAACUUGUCUGGAGGCCCUGUGUAGGCCACCACCUGGCAGCAGAGAGAAUGAUGGUUUGCUCUGACAGAACUCAAUUUGCAUGCGAUAAUUUAUGUGGAAACCCUCUUCCAUGUGGGAACCAUUACUGUUCGUAUAUCUGUCAUGCCCUGGAUAUAAGAAGUUCAUCAUUGGAUAAAAGAAGUGAGUCCUGUGAAAAGUGUGAUCUCCGCUGUCAAAAGGAGAGAACACCACGAUGCCAACAUCCAUGUCCUCGAAGAUGCCAUCCCGGAGAUUGUCCACCUUGCAAAACUCUAGUAAAGAGAUCAUGUCACUGUGGCGCGAUGGUGCAUGCAUUCGAGUGCAUAUACUACAAUACAAUGUCGGAGAAGGACCAAAUGAAGGCGCGCUCAUGCCGUGGACCUUGUCACAGAAAAUUGCCAAACUGUACCCAUUUGUGUCCGGAGAUAUGUCAUCCUGGACAGUGUCCAUUGCCAGAGAAGUGUGGGAAAAAGGUGGUUGUUCGUUGCAAGUGCCUAACCUUGAAGAAGGAAUGGGUAUGCCAAGAUGUUCAAGCAGCCCAUAGGGCCACAGGAUCUGACCCUAAAGAAGUACCAAAGAACCAGUUCGGUGUUGGCCUCCUCUCUUGCGAUUCCAACUGUAAGAGCAAACUACAGAUGACUGAAUCGGUGUUAAAACAGCGCAAUGUCAAAGAGAUUGAGGAGAAGGAGGAGCCUAGCGGGAAAAGUGCAUCAAAGCGAAGGAAAAGGCGUGAACGGGGUCAGGACAUUCAGGAGACCACAAGGCUGCAGAAACUUGCUGUCAUCACAAAGAGGAUACUGAUGGUCGUGAUGUUAAUGACAAUGCUAGCUGCUGUUUCAUACUAUGGUUAUAAGGGACUCUUGUGGCUUUCUGAUUGGAUGAAUGAAGUCGAAGAACAAAGACAAAAGUCUAGAAGAUACCCGCGAAUAUAACUGGUUUUGAGAGUUUUUCCUUCUCAAGCUUUUUUAGCCUGAUAAUGGGCAGUGACAACACAGUUAGCUUCGAGACAUUUGGUCUUUCUUUUUGGUUUAGUCGAUGAUAGUCACCAAAUAUAUUUCAUAGGGGAGA